AUGAAGUAUUGAUUAAAAAUGAUAUAUCUAGGUUUUAUUUGAUGAAAGAAAUGAAAAUGUUAAUAAAAUAUUUACAUUCAUAGAAGAAUGUUUUUAGUAAGGAGAGAGUUGCUUAGUCCAUUCAGUUAGAGGGUAGAGUAGAGCUUGUUGUGUACUUGCAGCAUAUUUUAUGA